AUGGAAAAUGAAAAUAAAAAGGAAAGUAGUGGUGAGCCUUCACUUACCUUCACACUCAACGUUACCGUUAAGAGAUCAAUCGCAAUUCCGACUGCUGUAAGUGCAUGCACAGCUCCCUUAGCCAUAGCCGUUGGUAGAGUUGCCGAUUCCUUUAGUACAAGGCGAACUGCCCCUCCAGCAAGCGAGACCGCUCCAACUCGUCCGCUGGAUAUCACGGUUUCUCGGUUCAAUUUGCUGGUCGUACACUUAGCCCUCAUCUCUAUGUUGUUACUGGAAAGAAUUGAUUCCUUAGUUUCUUCAAGCGAAGCAAUACUAUUUGCCAGAGUUUCUGUCAUCCUUCGAUCAUACUCUAGCAUUUCCUUUGCAGCUAGGACAUUUUUCUGAAAUACCAUACCUUUGGAAAUGCGAAAAAUGCCAAGGAAUAUUGUUAUCACUUUUAGGUUGUGCAAUUUGAAAAGACCGGUGGCCAUGUUUGAAGCUGCCGCAACGCCACCAACAGCUAGCCCUGCAACCGCAACGGGUGGCAUCAAAAUAACACCUCCUAUGACAGCGGCUCCACCACCUAUUCCAGCCACACCACCAACCACAUUCGAAAUAUUACAUCCACGUUCCCAUUUGUCCAGCUGA